AUGGACGAUGUGCUUGGCGUAAAAGAUGAGGAGCAUAUCCCUGGCGAGGUCAUUUACGAGUACUUCGGUCGGUACGCUGAGAAGCAUGAUUUGACAAGGCGAAUCGAAUUCGGUCAAAAGGUCAUGGUUGCAGAAGAGCUGCAAGCGGGGUGGAGGCUGGAGCUCGAGACCGCCUGGUCAAAGGGGCAAGCUAUUGGACCGCCGCCAGUACAACGGACCAUUAGAUGCUCCAAGCUCAUUAUUGCUGCCGGUCUCACAUCCGCUUCUGUUCCUAUUAACAUCAAGGGCAGCGAGGAGUUCGCUGCGCCAAUUGUUAAUAUUGGCGACUACGCUCGCGAAGGAACCCCGAAUCUACGAAGACAGCUCCAUCGGUCGUGUUACCGUUUUGGGGGGCGGUAA